UAUCGACCACCCACUAUGCGCGGACUGCGCUGAUCUCCUUCUGGAAGCGAUGGAUCGGCAGCUCACGGAAGCUGGAAGGGAGCGUGACGCAUACAUAUCCUUCCUUAAACAACUCAAAGCGGAACAAGGUUAUGGAGAUGCCGAGAAGGAGAGAGAGAAGGGGAAAGAGGUAGAGAGAAUUCGGAGGGAGCAUGAGGAUGCGGUGAGGGAGUUGACGGAGUUAGAGGAUGAGCGGUCGGAGCUGGAGGAAGAACUCAGGGGGUUGGAGAUCGAAGACGUGGAACUGAGGAAAGAAGAAAUUGCAUUCACUCAUCAACUCAACGCGAUCCAAGACGUCCUCACCCAACAUCUUACAGAAUUGUCUCACCUCGAACACGAACACGCCAAUGCACAACAAACUCUCAAACUCCUAGAAAGCACGAACAUCUGGACAGACCUAUUCACGAUCAAGAAAGAUGGGCAAUACGGCACUAUCAACGGAUUACGGUUGGGGAAGUUACCACCGGGUACGCGUAAUCCGGAUCCACCUGACUGGAGUGAGAUCAAUGCGGCCUUUGGGUGGAUUGUGUUGUUGUUUGACUCGAUCAACCGUGCCUUGCUCGACGAAACCGACACGACGUGGCACGGCUUCAAGGGAGUUGAGUUACACCCGCUCGGGUCGCGGAGUUGUGUUACCCGAUGGUCGACGGCGGAGGACGGGAAAGGUGGGAAGAGGGAGCGGUUGGAGUUAUUCUCGGAUUCGGCGAUUAGCCGGAUCUUUACGUUUCGACGGUUCGAUACGGGGAUGAUCGCCCUCCUUUCCGCGAUCCAGCAAAUCAUGCUACACCUCCUCCUCACCUCGCCUAAACACCCUUCCUCCCCCUCCACCACCGCCAAUCCCCGGCCGGCUCCUUCCUCGCCGGAAGAAUACGCCCGCUUGGCCCUUGGGCAUGAUCCCCCGCUGCCAUGGGAAGUAGAGAACGAUAGGAUUUGGAAACUGGAGGCAGGGAAGAGGAGUGGGUCAGGGUGGAGUAUUCGGUUGGCCUUUAAUCAGGAGGAGAGUUGGACUGUUGCGCUGAAGGGUGUGUUGACGAUUGGGAAGUGGUGUUUGGGGAGGAUGGAGGGGAGGGGAGGGGUUGGUAAGUGAAGAUGUCAGUGAGGGCAGAUAAAGGGUUUGCGAAAGAACUGGGUUUGGCGUUAUUUGGGAUUUUGGGAUAUCUCGGGAGUCGGAGUGGAUGUCUGUCUCUAAGUAGGGUCCUCAGCAGGAGAGGAGGUUUUGGGACAUAGGCGUA